GCCUCCGUUAAAUACUUGGUUUCUCAUGUCAUACGUCAGAGAUAAAAUUCAGUACAUUACCGAAAAGACAGUAACUGACAAAAACGGGCGAUAUUUACUAAACUCUUCAAUAAGGAGGUAUAUAAUUGUUAAUAGACAGACGAAGUUCAGACAAGUUAGGAGACAGAGACAUAUUAUAUGAAAGAUACAAGUUAAUACAGGUAAUUAACACUUACCCCAAACCUACACAAAAGAGAUGAUAAUAAUACACCUUACAUUUGAUAUUCAUAACAGAAAACACAAACCGUUAUGUAGUACAAAUUAAAUUUAGAUCUAUCAUCUGAGACUACACUCCACAGUACUAGUUUACACUACAAACUUUGCUUUUGUUUGAAGUUCUUUAAAAUCCUCAAAUUGAGAAAUGUUGUUUGAUUUGCAGAGUCCUUUCUGAAAAUGUGCAUUCAGUGUAAUUGUUUUGUUAUUAUCUUGAAAUAAAGAAUAAUGGAUACUUAUAUAACUUUUUUAGCUCACCUGGCAUAGCCAUGUGAGCCUAUGCCAUCACUUGGCGUUCAUCGUCGUCCGUUGUCUGUCGUCGUCCGUUAUCUGUUGUCAUCGUCGUCAUCAUUGUCUGUCGUCGUAAACUAUUUCAAGAAUCUUCUCCUCUGAAACUACUAGGCCAAAUACUUCCAAACUUUAACUGAAUGUUCCUUAGGGUAUCUAGUUUUUUAUCUACUCACAUCUAUUCAAAAUAUUUUCAACUUUAAAAAAAUAUAUUGACUAUAUUCGAUAUUAAAAAAAACAACACAGACAAGUGUUAUAGAAGCCUCUGAUGUUAAUACCUGGAAAAAAAUACAAUCACAACCAUUUUCGUAUCAACUUAAAAUAUUUCAUCUUUCUGGUACUCCAAAUAUAUUCACACUUACCUGUUGUCAUCCAUCAUUGAUACUUUUUACAAAUUCGAUUUAUACUAAUUAAAACUCUCUAUAGUUUAUUCCUUAUAAUUUAUUAUGGGGCCUGAUCGAGUUUGGACGGAUCGACCUGGGCCGGAUUGACUUGGGGCUGAAUUGGUUUGGGGCCAGAACAACCGAAUACCACUACAAUAACAUGUAUACAAUGAAGAAGUGACAGUGGAUAAUUAUGGUGUAAUGAAUGACAAUACAGCCUGGGUUCCAAGAUGCCUCCAAAAUCAUGAGGUAGAUGACCAGAAGAAAUGGAUGAAAGGAUGGGUUGAGAGUGAGGAAGACCUCCAGACAGUACUAGAGGCUCAUAGAAGAGCAUCUCUAAGUACCUUUGUGACAUGGUCAGAUGACUCAAAGAAAAAGAAAAAAACAGAGAGAAGGAUUCUAUGGAAAUAUGGAGAUGUCGACAUACAUAAAGGCAGUAUGCCAUUCUCUGUAAAAAGAACUAUAAUGUAUACCUGCCAAUAUGGAAAGCCAAGAAGAAAAAAAUGAAGAGAAUGAUCACCAGUACAUUAAAAAAAAAAGAUUCCUGAUACAAACAACCAAAAAGGUUGGUUGUGAGGCCAAACUUGUAGUAAGAUAUAUUACCAGAUCUACAAACAGAUGUGACAUGUGUGCUCCAGUUUGCAGUUAAGAAAUCCUUCGUCUUAGAAAAAGUUAAAGAAUUUCUGUUUUCAAUUGACGACCUACACUACCAGUCUCUGCUGACCGAAGCACAGAGGUCAGAACAGUGUCAAUCUGCAGAUAUGACUGAAAGAAUUGGUGCAGCUGUAUUACGUGAUGUUUGUGCACAUGAAGAAGAAACUGAAGCAUUGUUAAUUUCAUUGAAAGCCAUAGCCCCAAGUAACCAACUAGAAACUGUGCAAUACAGACUUGUCUAUAUGAUUUUGGAGAACUUGGCUGUCCAGGAGGUGAUUGGAAUUACACCAGCAAAAGAUCCAAGAUUAAAACAGGCCAAAAUUGACAAAUGUAUACAGGAACAUCUCAAAGGUUCAAAAUCCACAGUCAGCUUCACCAAAGAAGCGAUAGAAUUAAAGAAAAAGGCACAGCUUAAUGCAGACUGUUCAGAAUGCUAUCCUGGAGGAGGUUUGAUAAAUCCUAAGGGAAAAAACUUGUGUUUUGCAAAUGCACUUCUGCAGUGCAUGAGAAUUGCUGAUCUUCAUAGAAUUCUUCAGUAUCACACAGCUUGUACAGGUAAAACAAGUUACUAUUCAAAGUCUGCAGAACAUAGACGGACAGCCAUAUUUACUUUUCUACAGAACAAUGCCAAGGCCAUAUUUAGGAUUUGAUUAGAAGGGUACUUACUUUUUUUUUACAGAAGAUGUUUAUAUAUCCCUUAUUUUUUGUAACUAAACAAGUUUGCUGUGAUAUUAAUAAUACAAAACGGAUUGAUGUUCAAAAUAUUAAAUUUUUACUUUGCAUUUAUAGUUUUCAAAUUCCAAUAGGGAACCUACUUUAUAUAACAUUGUAUCAAUAAACCAAUUUUUCAAAACUUUUUGGUCAUUGGCCUUCUUCAGUUCUUUAUUCCUCCUCACAACUACAUGACUGACAUUACAUUUUCCAACUUGCUGUUUAAAAAAUCGGGUCUUAGUCAGUUAUUUUUUUUAAUUAUUUUUUUAGAUUUCAAGAUAAAGAUCAUAUUCAUAUUUUUUAUUUAUUGUAAGAAUCUUUGACUUGCAUUUGAAAUUGAUUUAUUUUCUAUUAAAAGUAUUAGAGAGUACAUGUAUUACAUGUAUAUCAUAUUUUGCAUUAUACUCAUGUUGAAAUACUUUUUUGUUAUCAAAUCAUGUUUUUAAUGAUGUCAUCUUCAAACUGAAGUGUUUCAACUGUAUUUAAAUUAUAUGAUCAUUUUCAAAAUGUUUACAAAAUUUUGAAUUUUUUAAAUACUUAGGCUUUUCUACCUCAGACAUAGAUUGCCAUAGCUGUAUUUGGCAAAACUUUUAGGAAUUUUGGUCCUCAAUGCUCUUCAACUUCGUACUUUAUUUGGCAAUUUUAACUUUUUUGUAUUCGAGCGUCACUGAUGAGUCUUUUUUAGACCAAACGUGCGUCUGGCGUAUAUACUAAAUUUAGUCCUGGUAUCUAUGAUGAAUUUAUUUCAUAACACCAUGAACAAGACUAUUUCUUGGCACCCUCAGUUUUCCAAUUGACUGGAUUAGGUGAAGUUCAUUAAAGUUACAUAGUGCUCACUUGUCAUAUUGUACUUGUUACAGACAAUUAAACUGAAGAGUUGC